AUUUUACAAGAUAAAGGACAGUUGGUAAGAACAAGAAAUGUCCCAACGAUUGAAGCAGUGGCAAUGUUUUUGCACAUCCUUGCUCACAACCUAAAGUACAGAGUAGUGCACUUUACCUAUUAUAGAUCCAAAGAAACAAUAAGUAGGCAAUUCAACAAUGUCCUACGAGCUGUGAUGAAAGUGAGUGGGGAAUAUUUGAAGUUUCAAGACCAUAAUAAUCUAGAGGGCUCUGAGGCAUACAAAUGGAGAUGGUUUCAGAAUUCGAUUGGAGCACUUGAUGGGACACAUAUUCCAGUAACAGUGGCAGCAGAAGAUAAACCUAGAUACCGUAAGGGUGACAUCUCUACGAAUGUGUUAGGGGUUUGUGGUCCAGAUUUAAAGUUAUGUUGUGUCUGUUAUCUGUUUGUAACAGUGGCAGCAGAAGAUAAACCUACAUAUUUGUUUGUUGUGUCUGUUAUCUGUUUUUCCAUUUCGUAUGUGUUUCUUGUUUAUUUCUGUAGUUGCUUUGUUCUGUUGUGUGUGUUGGCUCACUUGGAAGAGUCUUGUUUCCAAGCUUUUUAUCCUAUUAAUAUUAAUUGAAUGAUUGAUCAGAAC